GAAUAUCCUGCAGGCCGAUCGACGACCGCCAAUAUCAAGUCACUCGUGCUCACCGCCAGGCGCAUCCGAACAGCCGCAUCAACCACCGCCGAGUUUCAGCAGAACAUUGUCAUUGCUCCCGCUCGCAGCACAUUCAUCAAGCGCCAGGCGCUGCAAACUCACUUGGACGCCAUGAAACUAGGAAAGCUCAAGGCUUCGACACUCUCCGCCGUGCUCAAAAACUCGGACAUCCCGCUCGAGAUCCUUGGACGCAACCCUUGGAAGAACUAUGUCCCGACUCAGGGCGACAGCCCGCUGUACAGCGCACGCACGGCAGGACUGCAUCCUGAAUGCCGGACCAUUGCCGAGAUUCGACAGGCCCGAGACCACCAACGGCAGCGGGAGACCGCUCGACGGGUGUACGGCCAAGGCAAUCUAUCAACCGCAGACAGCCGGAGCAGCGAGCCAGGCCCCGAUGCUGUUUCCGACAUCAAACAGGCCAACUCGCAAGCCGCCAAUGGCGGAUCUCCUUUGGCUCCUGGGUCCAGCGACCGAGACAAAGAGGUCGAUCCAACACAGGACUGGGAAGAGUCCAUCUCGCACAUUGACACGGAUUGGAGCAUGAAGACCAUGGAUCGGCUGUGGAAUGCUUCGUUCUACCAUUUUGUCCGCGACGAGAACAACGCCGACUGCAUCGCCCGACACCUGGCGCCGCUGCUGAAGGACUAUAAGCUCGGCCAGGUAUCGUGCGGGCUGUCGUGGCUCAUCAAAGGCUGGAAGAUCGAAUCGGUCAGCCGGCUGCUUCGAACUGUCUUUGCCGACUGGCUCCCGGACUUGGCCGGAAUCGUGUUUGCACACAUCUCGAAGGGAUGGACGCUGCGCCCGCAACUGGGUCUGUGCGUUGCAUUCUUGCUGAUCAACGAGCCGGCAUCGGUCGCAGCGCUGUUCACACGCAGCCUCACAUCCAAGUGGAGCAAGGAGGCUGCCCUGCAGCUGAUCGGCUAUCUGGACUCGGUUCUGGAGUGGGAAGAGGAGUACUUUGCUGAGUUUACGGGCCAUUUUGUGUGCAGCAUGAAGGACGGCGAGGAAUCGGUGUCGCUGGUGGACAUUGAGAACAUGUACCGCAACAACCUGGGCGGGCUGAACUACAAACUGGUUGUCUCGGACUACCAUCUCGCUGUUGCUGAGCUCAACAUCUCGAUCGUCACGCACUUUCUUGUAUGUGCCCGCUGUCAAGCACAUCAGCCAUGCCCGACACUUUCGCGUGUGCUGGCUGGUCGGUACCUCGAAGCCUCGCCAGCGCCAUCACAGCCAGAAGCAGCCGUCGAGAGCGAUAUCAGCCCCUCCACGACGCACGGCGCAGCAAUGGCAGAAGCGAGCAUAUCCAGUGCGUCCCUGCCCAUCAGCAGCGACGCGCUCAGCGAGUCUAAAUCAUCUAUUGAUCUGGACGCUGAUUUUGAGGAGGGCGCAGAGUCUUGUCCAGACAGCGAUUAUGUCUCGGAGACUUUGAGCUACGAGGGCGAGCUCCAGGUCGCGGGAGCAGGCAGCACUGGCGACGGCGCCCGAAGACUGCUGAGUCCGCGGGACCGAACCAGUUCCAAACGCACUCUGUCUCGAUCGGGCAGCUCGAUCUUCAGCCUGUCGGACGGAGGAGUUGCGGCGCUGAACCACAUCAUCCACCAGAUCAUCGAGGACUGCUCUGAAGAACCGAACGCGAUCGACGGGGAAACGGGGUACAACGAGUAGGAUUGCGCAUAGGCCUGGAUUGAGGGAUAUGGCAUCGGCCCGCGAGCGAAUACAGACUCUGCUCCCACGAUUUGCCACACGCACAGGGCCGAGA